AUGUAGCAGGGGGAUGGGGCAACAACCUCCUUGGUGGUGGGACAGAGCCCUCAGUGUCCUUCUACUCUAUGAUUUCCUUGCCAGACCCUGGGAAUCCAGCAUCGCAAAAUAAACACGGCCGCGCCGCUAAUCGCCAGUUCGGAAACAAAACAGCGCUGCGCUCGGGGAUCUGGGCAAAAUCAGCCCUCCCUCCUCCUCGCCGCCGCCCUCCCUUCCUCGAGCUGCUCGGCUCGCUCAGCUCAGCUCAGCGCGGCGCAGCGCAGCUCGGCAGCCGCCAAGCCCAGGCGAGCAUCGUCUCUCAGCCGCCAGAGCCGGCACUGAGCUCCAGCUUGCCGCCGGGGCUGCGCCGGGUCUUGCUUCCGCGGGGACCCCUUCGGGCAGGAGUCGCGUGGCGAGGGCCGGUGGCAGAAGCACAAAGUUGGGGGUCCGUAAGGAUGAGGCUGUCCCCGGCGCCCCUGAGGCUGAGCCGGAGUCCAGCGCUGCUGGCCCUGGCGCUGCCCCUGGCCGUGGCGCUGGCCUUCUCCGACGAGACCCUGGACAAAGUGUCCAAGUCGGAGGGAUACUGCAGCCGCAUCCUGCGCGCCCAAGGCACGCGGCGUGAGGGCUACACCGAGUUCAGCCUCCGCGUAGAGGGCGACCCCGACUUCUACAAGCCGGGAACCAGCUACCGCGUGACACUUUCUGCUGCUACUCCCUCCUACUUCAGAGGAUUCACAUUAAUUGCCCUCAAAGAGAAUAGAGAGGGUGAUAAGGAAGAAGACCAUGCUGGGACUUUCCAGAUCAUAGAUGAAGAAGAAACACAAUUUAUGAGUAACUGCCCCGUUGCGGUCACUGAAAGCACCCCACGGAGGAGGACGCGGAUCCAAGUGUUCUGGAUAGCGCCACCAGCAGGAACGGGCUGUGUCAUCCUAAAGGCCAGCAUCGUACAGAAACGCAUCAUUUAUUUUCAGGAUGAGGGCUCCUUGACCAAGAAACUUUGUGAACAAGAUUCUACGUUUGAUGGGGUGACUGACAAACCAAUCUUAGACUGCUGCGCCUGUGGAACUGCCAAGUACAGACUCACAUUUUAUGGGAAUUGGUCUGAGAAGACACACCCAAAGGAUUAUCCUCGUCGGGCUAAUCAUUGGUCUGCAAUCAUUGGCGGAUCCCACUCCAAGAAUUACGUGCUAUGGGAGUAUGGAGGAUAUGCGAGUGAAGGUGUCAAACAAGUUGCAGAAUUGGGCUCACCAGUGAAAAUGGAGGAAGAAAUUCGACAACAGAGUGAUGAGGUCCUUACCGUCAUCAAAGCCAAAGCUCAGUGGCCAGCCUGGCAGCCUCUCAAUGUGAGAGCAGCACCCUCGGCUGAAUUUUCUGUGGACAGGACGCGCCAUUUAAUGUCCUUCCUGACCAUGAUGGGCCCCAGCCCCGACUGGAACGUGGGGCUGUCUGCGGAGGACCUGUGCACCAAGGACUGUGGCUGGGUGCAGAAGGUGGUGCAAGACUUGAUUCCCUGGGAUGCUGGCACUGACAGCGGAGUGACCUAUGAGUCACCCAACAAGCCCACAAUUCCCCAGGAGAAAAUCCGGCCCCUGACCAGUCUGGACCAUCCUCAGAGUCCCUUUUAUGAUCCAGAGGGCGGGUCCAUCACUCAAGUAGCCAGAGUUGUCAUCGAGAGAAUCGCCCGGAAGGGGGAACAAUGCAAUAUUGUACCUGACAACGUGGAUGAUAUUGUAGCAGACCUGGCUCCAGAGGAGAAAGAUGAAGAUGACACCCCUGAAACCUGCAUCUACUCCAACUGGUCCCCGUGGUCCGCCUGCAGCUCCUCCACCUGCGAUAAAGGCAAGAGGAUGCGGCAGCGCAUGCUGAAGGCACAGCUGGACCUCAGUGUUCCCUGCCCUGACACCCAGGACUUCCAGCCCUGCAUGGGCCCAGGCUGUAGCGAUGAAGAUGGCUCCACCUGCACCAUGUCCGAGUGGAUCACCUGGUCGCCCUGCAGCAUCUCCUGCGGCAUGGGCAUGCGGUCCCGGGAGAGGUACGUGAAGCAGUUCCCGGAGGACGGCUCCGUGUGCACGCUGCCCACCGAGGAGACGGAGAAAUGCACGGUCAACGAGGAGUGCUCUCCCAGCAGCUGCCUGAUGACCGAGUGGGGCGAGUGGGACGAGUGCAGCGCCACCUGCGGGAUGGGCAUGAAGAAGCGGCACCGCAUGGUCAAGAUGAGCCCAGCAGAUGGCUCCACGUGCAAGGCCGAGAUGUCUCAGGCAGAGAAGUGCAUGAUGCCCGAGUGCCACACCAUCCCCUGCUUGCUGUCCCCAUGGUCCGAGUGGAGCGACUGCAGCGUGACCUGUGGGAAGGGCAUGCGGACCCGCCAGCGGAUGCUCAAGUCUCUGGCCGAACUUGGGGACUGUAAUGAGGAGCUGGAGCAGGUGGAAAAGUGCAUGCUGCCCGAAUGCCCCAUUGACUGUGAGCUCACCGAGUGGUCCCAAUGGUCGGAAUGUAACAAGUCAUGUGGAAAAGGCCACAUGAUUCGAACCCGGAUGAUCCAAAUGGAGCCUCAGUUUGGAGGCGCACCCUGCCCAGAGACCGUGCAGCGAAAAAAGUGCCGCAUCCGGAAAUGCUUCCGAAAUCAGUCCAUCCAGAAGCUGCGCUGGAGAGAGGCCCGAGAGAGCCGGAGGAGUGAGCAGCUGAGGGAGGAGUCUGAUGGGGAGCAGUUCCCAGGCUGUAGGAUGCGCCCGUGGACAGCCUGGUCGGAAUGCACCAAACUGUGUGGAGGUGGGAUUCAGGAACGCUACAUGACUGUAAAGAAGAGGUUCAAAAGCUCCCAGUUUACCAGCUGCAAAGACAAGAAGGAGAUCAGAGCAUGCAGUGUUCACCCUUGUUAGCAAGGGUCUGAGUUUUCCAGGGUUGCACUCCACAUUCCAGUUUCCAAUGACUGGGCCGUUUGUUUGCUUGUUUGUUUAAGGCAAUUUAAAUCGUGUACACUAGUUUUCAUUUCCGCAGUGUGGUUCGCCCAGUAGUCUGUGGAUGCCAGGGACAUCCUUUCUGUAUACUUCUUGGUGGGCACAGGCUGAGUAAGUCUCUCUCGUCUUCAGCCGGCCCACCUCCUGCAGACAUGAGUCGUGUCAGCCACCCCAUACCAAACGGAAAUGUGUCCCUCUGGAGCAUCACCUGGGCAGCAGAGCAGAGACCCUGUCUUCCACCACAUGGAGAGGCUGGAAAUGACUAUGUGCCUCGGUCCAGGGUGCAGCAGGAAACACUCUCCAUUGGAUAGAGAGCAGAUUCCCUCAUUCUCAUCUUUAGCCAGCUCUCUCUUGCAGGAAGUGAUUGUUUGCCCAUCUCUUUUCACUUAGAGGAGCUUUAGGUCCCUUUGUUGAGCCUCCUCAGUCAUCGAUAGUUCUUGGGGAGAAACGGAGCUGGUUAGAUGCGAAGAGGAGCAUGGAUGCUGAACGGCUUUCAGAAUUUCACUGAGAAAUUCUGAACACAUUUAUCUCAUCUCCUAAUAUUGGUUCCCAAUACCCCAAAGGAAAUGAUGGCUCUUUUAUUUGAAUGUAAGGUUGCCAGUUCUUAGACCUGAUGCAAAGAGUAAUUAAGUCUAGGAAAGAUUUUUCCCUUAUUUGUUUUUGGAAUUUUUGUUUUUUGCCACAAUUCUCCUAGGAAAAGCCAGCCUUAUAAACCUUCCGAUGCUAGAUCCUUACUAGAACUAAGGCCAACACAGCAAAACUGACCUUGCUGGCAGUCCCAACCCUGAAUUUUUAAAACCUUCCAACACACAUCAAGUUUUCAAACCAGUUCUAACAAGAAAACAUUUUUUAGUUAUGCAAACAUCUUGUAGCCCACCAAGCCACUCCUCCAACAAAAAUACUAUCUCUGUACUUUAAAGAGUUCUUUAGUCGUAAAUUUUUAUAUGUAGAAAGUGUUGUGAAGACCAAGAAAAACAGAAGUCUAGGGAGAAAAGAAUAUUACAGAAUCAAGCUGGGCAAGAAACUCUGGUGGGAAGUCAAACCUAUGUCAGCUCUCCACACUACAGCCGGCCCUCCAACGCAUCCAUGGUCUUCCAUACCCUUCAGAGCACUCGUAAGCACACCAAAUUCAGGGAGGCUGACUACCAAGGAUUAGUGUAAAAGGACGUUUUACUGAGUUGAGUCCAUCAGUUUUUACUCAUUCAUUUAUUGUUAAAAAUUAUUUGGUUUCUGUUACAGGUCUUUUUCAUUCCGCUUAAUCCAAAUAUGUAUCAUGGAUGAGAUGCAUACAAUGCUUUGAAUACACUAUUUUAAGAAUUUGCAUUAAAUAAUCAGGAUAUUUCCAAACACAACCUAUAUAUGCUAUAGCCCUGAAUCUGUAUUAUUUUCUUUAACACAAGAGAGAAUUGUUCAAUAAAAAACUCAUUUGGGUCUGUC